AAUAUGUAGUAUGAUAUGGACUUUAGAUUUAAAAGCGGGAAAAUGUUGAGAAAAGAAGAAACGCCUAACCUCUUUGCGUGGUUCUCUUUUUCGAUGAUUUAAUUUAUAUUACAUAGUAAAUUUAUGUCUGUUUAAUGUAAUUACUUAAUUUCGUAGCACUGUGUAUGCUUUUUUUUAUUCGUAACUGUAUGUUUACGUAUUGUAUAUAACGAUGGCUGACAGUAAAUGCAUACAGAUGAUUCAAACAAAUUUUUCAUUAUACGGCUUGGUAUUAUCAAGAGAACUUAGAGUAUCUCUCGCAAAGCAAUUAUUAAAAAUACCACAAAAUGAACGUGAACCUUGGCUUAGUCGUAUUAUAGAACUGAUUCUGGCUCAAAAUUUGGAUGAUCCACAUGUUGGAGCUGAACAUAUAAAAAUUGCUAUAGAAGAAUGCUCAGAGCCAAAUAAAUUGAAAGACACAGAAACAGUGUUCAAUGUUAUAGAUGGAUAUAAUAUACCAAAAAUAAAAUACGAUAUUUCUAAAAAGAAAUUUAUCAUUGACAAUGAAAACUCAUAUCCUGAAACACAAUAUAAAUCAUUGGUUUUUAAAUAUCGUUUUGAAAUGGCAUGGUAUAAAACUCUAAGGCACAAGCAAUUUUUGUCAUCUAAAUUUGAGAAACAGCAAACACAUAAAACAAAUUUAAUACCUAUCGAAUAUCUAUUAAGUGAGCUGAGAACAGGGAAUGUAUGCAUAAUGGGUCUAAUAACACAAUUAAUGGAAGAUCAAUAUUAUUUAGAAGAUACAAGUGGAACUGUCAAGAUUGACCUCAGCAAUACAGAUUUUCAAGAUACUUUUAUUAUGGAAGGUUUUAUAGUAAUAGUCAACGGUGUUUACAAGGAUGAUAUAUUACAUGUAAAAACUAUCAACCUUCCACCAAUAGAAUCGUCGGAAAGCUUGCGAUCAGAUUUUGGCGACACAAAUACAUUUGGUGGCCCACAUAAUAUAUCUUUAAAAAUGUCAGAAAAAUUACAAAUCCACGAAGAAACUAACCAGGAUGGAAUGAUAGUAUUCAUAGCAGAAUUAUGGUUGGAUGUUCCACGUGUUUUACAAAAAUUUAGGACAAUACUGGAUGGUUACAUAGAUUAUCCUCCUAUAGCUUUUGUAUUGUGUGGUCAUUUCUUAAGUUUCCACCCUACAAAUAUAACUAGUGCGAAAGCUUUGAUAACAGGUUUUAAAAAUUUAGCUGACAUAAUAACACAAUACACAAAUAUAAAAGAAUCUACCAAAUUUGUUUUUGUACCUGGCCCACAUGAUUUAGGCUCUCCUAAAAUUUUACCAAAACCUCCUUUACCUAAAUGCAUUAUUGAAGAAGUUACGAAAAUGAUACCAAACGCUAUUUUUACAACAAAUCCAUGUAGAAUACAGUACUCUACAAAGGAAAUUGUAAUAUUAAGAGAAGAUAUGUUGACAAAAAUGUGUAGGAAUACGCUUCGUUUUCCGAAAGAAGAACAUUUUUUUAAACAUUUUGCCAAAGCCAUCAUCAGCCAAUCACAUCUGACCCCAGUGCCUCUUCAAGUUGUUCCAGUAUAUUGGAAAUAUGACCAUGCUCUACAGAUAUUUCCAACACCAGAUCUCAUUGUAAUUGCUGACAAUUUUGAAACAUACACGACUAACUAUUCUGAUUGUUAUGUGAUAAAUCCCGGAAUGUUCGCGAAAAACAAUUUUUCGUUUCAAUCUUAUGUGCCUGCCAUUAAUCAAAUUCAGGAUUGUCAACUUCCAAACGACACCAAUGUUACUUAAGUCGAGAAGAUAAUUAUAU